UGCCUUCCAUGCAACUAAAAUGGCAAACACUCUUAGCACAUCCAUUCUUGUCUUCAUGAGAACGGGAUCAAUGGCUACACUGUUAAGCCACUAUCGGCAUUCCUCUACCAUCUUUGCCUUCACGAAUGAAGAAAGGGUUAAGCAGAGGCUGGCACUUUAUCAUGGGGUGCUGCCCAUAUAUAAGCAGUUCUCCAAUGAUGCAGAAGAGACAUUCUCUCGAGCUCUGAAUCUCUUGCUGAACUGAGGUUUGUUGGAGGAGGGAGAGCAUGUUACUCUUGUCUAGA